GAUACAGACAUGAGCAAUCAGGAAGUGAUUUAUUCCUCCUUGAAAGUUCUUCAGCCUCCUUUGGAGUCACAAAAUAGAUUAAGGCCUGGUGCUACUCAAAGGCCUGUGAAAACGGAUGACAAAGAGUUUUCAGUGCCCUGGCAUCUCAUUGCAGUGACUCUUGGGGUCUUCUGUUUACUUCUUUUGGUGACAGUCACAGUGUUGGGGACAAAGAUUUUGCAGUGCACUCAAGAAGAGCACCGACAGGAUGCAAGUCCGCAAAAUCUCAGUCAAAAGUAUCACAAUAUACAAAAUGACAACUACUUAAAGGAGAAGCUUUUGAAUAAGACGUUAGAAUAUGACAUUCUCAAAAAUGAAACCCUUCAGCAGAAAAAGGAACUGGACUCACUCUUUAUAGAAAAAAAGAGAUGUCAUAGAAAACGGGAGAGCUUCUCAAAGUCUUUGCAAAAUACAGGUAUUUUGGAAAUAGGAAGAAAUCUUGAAUGA